GGCCAAUUGCCCGCCCGAAUAAACGCACGACUCUCUGUGUCUGAACUCUCUUUUACUUUUCCGGUUUUCCCCUCCUACUGAAAAAAGCCGUUGCCACCUCUCUGCCCUCUCAUUGCGCGCCCACUACAACUUUCACCGAACCAGAAACCCAACCCGCGGAGGACCGGAGCAUGGAUUCGAACGAGAAGCUGCCUUUCUUCUUCCGGUCGACGACCUCCGCCGCCGAGCGCAAGCAGCACAUUGGCGACUCCGCGGCCAUGAGCCGGAAAGGAGUCGUCGCCGCAACUUCUUACAUGGCCACUGCAGUUCUCCUGUUUAUGUUCAACAAAGCAGCUCUUUCUACCUACGGCUUCCCUUAUGCAAACGUGAUCACCCUUUUUCAGAUGAUAUGCUCGUGCAUUUUUCUCUAUGCAAUGAAGUACUGGAAGGUUAUUUCUUUUACCGCUACUGAAGUGUCAAGCUCGACUGUUAACCCUGCAGCCUUUGUACCCCUAAAGACGUUGGCUCACACUACUCCUCUAGCAUUUUCCUACUUGCUUUACAUGCUGGUUACCAUGGAAUCUGUGCGUGGCAUCAACGUACCUAUGUAUACCACCUUCAGAAGGACAACAGUGGCCUUCACAAUGGUAGUGGAGUAUCUUCUGACAGGGAAGAAACAUUCUUUGCCUGUUCUUGGCAGUUUUAGGAAUUUGCUAAUACCUUUUUCAAUUAACAAGAGCAAGGAUUUCGCCAGUGUGGGGAUAAUCAUACUUGGAGCAUUCGUUGCUGGAGCUCGUGACUUGUCAUUUGAUGCCUACAGCUAUUGCGUCGUCUUCGUUGCAAAUAUCUGCACAGCAAUCUAUCUUGCUUCUAUUGCUCGGAUCGGAAAAUCUAGUGGCCUCAAUAGCUUUGGCCUCAUGUGGUGCAAUGGAGUUAUAUGUUUGCCAGCAUUGCUAGUCUGGACAUCAGAUUUCAGGUCCUUCCUUGCCUGCUGUCUUAGACUCUAUUCUCCUCUGUCUAAUGUCUUUGCAGUUUUGAACUUUGCAUACUGGAAAAAUUGUGUCGUUAGUUUUGUGGUUGUGCUGUUCUUUCUGCAGGCGGUGAUGUUGCUUUCCUGUAUCCUGGCUUUCCUGAUUAACUACUUCGUGUUCUUGAACACAGCAGUUAAUUCGGCAGUGACACAAUCAAUCUGCGGAAAUUUGAAGGAUCUUUUCACUAUCGGACUGGGAUGGAUGUUGUUCGGCGGCCUUCCCUUUGAUUUGAUGAAUAUCUUGGGACAGUUCAUGGGUUUCCUUGGAUCUUGUUUGUACGCCUACUGUAAACUCCAGGGUAAAUAACGCACCGCUGCCCCUGAAGAUUUACUGCAGAGGUAAAAUUAUCUCAAACUAGAUGGGUGAAAUAUGAAAGUUAUCUUACAAACUGUUUGUGUAAUUUUUUGUGGAGCUUAAAACUGUAGAGAGUGAAGUGUAACGAAGAAACAGGACUUGUUGAGGCUGCUCCUUAAUUUAUUAAAUUAUUUAAGCUAAUACUGUUGGCAGUGAAGAUCAAAAAGUGUAUAGAACUACAAGUUUAGAUUUUGGCGGGAACUUAGCUCUGGUAAGCUUUCUAUUUUCUGGUCUACGUGGUGGAUGGGCUCAUUAGUUAUUUACCAGCUUCCAGAUCUGGGCUUGGCCCUGAGUUAAACACGGGGCGUAUUUGGG